GGCCCGCCGGGAAGGGGCAUGGCCGCUGCCGUCAGCGCUACCGGUUUGAACGCGGGCGCGAUGGAGGCGGCGGGACGGUGUCGGGUGGCGUCGCCCCUUCGCCGUAUCCGCUCCUCUGCCACCCCCGGGCCUGGCUCGGGCGCCAGCCUCGGCCUCAGCUCACCCGCCCAGGACCUGGCGGUGGGGAGCUCGCCCUCCCCGCCCCCAAGCUACAGCGACUCCACCCUGUCGCUGCUGUCGCCCCUCGGCCGCCCGGGCUUCCCGUUCGACGACGGCGAGGACUACGACGAUGAGGACCACAGCGAGGACUACGACGGCGAGGACAGCGACGGCGAGGACGAGGCAGGCGACGUGGAGGCGCCGGGCCGCGGCAGCUCCGACCCCGAAGAGGGGCAGGAAGAGUGGGCGGCAGCGCGUGUGGCCAACGGGCACCUGACCCCGUGGGAGCUGUGGUUCGUGGGCAAAGAGAAGGAAGAGCGUGAGCGGCUGCAGCGCCGUGCACUGGAGGAGUUGAGUGAACAGCUGGAGAGGCGGAGGGCGAGCGAGGAGUGGGAGCGGAGGAAGGUGGCAGCAGCGGAGAAGCGCCGGGAGUGGCUGCGGGGCAAGGACGCACAGAAAAGGAAAGAAAGAGAGCAAAAAAUAAGUAAAGAAAUGGAGGAGAAGGCAGCAAAGGAGCUGGAGAAAGAACAGUUGCAAGAAAAAGCAAAAGAAAAAUACCAAGAGUGGUUAAAGAAAAAAAACGCCCAAGAGUGUGAGAAGAAGAGGAAGGAGAAGGAGAAGGAAAAACAGCGGCAAGCCGAGUUACAGGAGAAGAAGGAAAUCGCCGAGAGGAGGUUUAAGGAGUGGUUGGAAAACGCGAAGAACAAGCCUCGCCCGCCCGUGAAGAGCUACGGCUAUGCCAACGGGCGGCUCACAGGAUUCUACAGUGGAAAUUCCUACCCAGAGCCAGCCUUCUGCAACCCUGUCCCCUGGAAGCCGAUCCACGCACCCCCGCCACGGGAAGCCAAGCCUCUUUCGGAGCAGAGAAGCAAGAGGCCCGCGGGGACCCGGCCGCUCCCGGUGGCAUCCUCAUCACUGACGGCUCGCAGGAGCAGGAGCAGCCUGUGCCUGGGGUCCACAUGCAGAGCCCAGAGAUAGCAGUGAGGAUGCCCGUUUCCUCCAAACUGCUGGAUUCUGAAAUCCAGGACCGUUGUGCUCUGCGGCUUGGUGUGUUGGCGCUGACUGUUGACCCGUCCCUGUGCUCGCUGACCGGCCAUGGAGCCCUCGGACGGAGGAGUUUCCUGCCAGUGGCUGUUUAUCCCCAUUGGGGUUGACUUGGCACAGUGCUCUGCGAAACACGGGACCACAGAACUGGCGGCCGUGCCGGUGUUUAGCUUGUAUUCAGUCUGCACGGCCCUAUCAGUAAAAUCAGCUUUUCCGUGUUC